AUGCCAAUUGUUGUAUUCUCGAGUGCACAUGCUGCCAAAUCCAUUCUCAUUGAUAAUUGGAAAGAUUUUCCAAAGGAUGGCAAAUUAAGGACUCCACAGCAAGAAGAAUUUAUUGGAAAGAGUUUAGUUUUCAUGAAUGGCACUGAAUGGAAAGUGAAUAGAAGUGUUUUGAAUCCUCCAUUCCAACAUGUAGACAAGUAUUGGAAUAUCUUUUCAGAAAAGGUCAAUUAUUGUGUUUCUAAUUUGCAACAGUAUUCGAAAGAAGGUCAAUCUGAGAAUAAGUUUCCUCUCAAGAUUAAAGAUGUUAUCAGUAGAAUGGCACUCGAUGUAAUUGGUGAAUCAGCUCUUGAUUGUGAUUUUAAUUAUCUUGAUCCAAAUUUCCGUCUUUCAGAUACAAGUCAAUCACAAGAUUCGUCCCAAAAUGAGAAAGUUCUUCAAGCAUUCAGAUUCGUAUUUAAGAAUAUCAAUAGUUGGGAAAGAAUGCUCGGUGGUAAACUUUAUUCCAGCUUGCCAAUUAUUGACAAUCACAGAAUGGAAAAAUCUAUUCGAAUUAUGCACGAAUUUGUUUCUUCCAUCAUUGAAAAGAAGAGAAUCGAACAUGUUGAUAGAAGAGUCAUUGAUGUAGUCCAUCCUAGCAUGGAAAGUGCCAUGGAUUUAAUGAUUGAAGCUAACCAAGCAUUCCAUGAACCUAAACCAAGCGAAACUAAACCUGCCAUCCCAUCAAACUUUGAGCCAGCUCACGAAGAGGAAGAAGAACAAGUUGAACCAUUGAAAAUCUCUGACAAGAACUUGAAAGACAAUACUUUACUUUUAUUCCUUGCUGGACAUGCUACCACAGCAGAUGCACUUUCAUUCCUUUUACUUAAUUUGGCAUUGAAUGAAAGAGUUCAAGACACUCUAUAUAAGGAAUUGAAAGAGGCCUAUCCAGAUCGAUUCAAGAUUAGAGAAGGAAAAUAUUGUGAAUUUAUCAUUCAACAAUUAGAUGAUUUGGCAACUCUUCACAAACUUCCAUAUUUAGAUUGUGUCAUUAAUGAAAAUUUGAGAAUUUCACCUCCAGUUGGCGUGUUAAAUAGAGUUUCCAAAAAGUCUCACAUUAUUGAUGGAGUAAAGAUCUCAAAGGACCAAUCUAUUGCCCUCUCUAUCAAAUCCAUUCAUUACAAUACUGAACUUUGGGGUGAGAAAUCAGACGAAUUCUAUCCUGAAAGAUUUGCCAAUUAUAGCAGUACUGAAAGACAUGAAGAAGAAAACGUUUCAAGUCACCAUCCAAUAUGCUCCUUCCUUCCAUUCGGUUUGGGAGCUAGAAGUUGUCUCGGUUCCAAAUUUUCCAUUCUCGAACAGAAAGUUUUCAUUGUUCAUUUACUUUCGAAAUAUUUAGUUAAAUUGCCAGAAGAAUAUCAAAUGAAAGAAAAGGUUGGUUUGGGAGAAUUUGCACACUUGAUGAUAGGUGCUGGACCAUUGUCUAGUUUGGGUGAGGAAUUAAAGUUGGAAUUUGUUGAGAGAGUUGAAGGAAUUUCUGAAAAUGUUUCAGAUUUGAUUGAAGAAGAAUCGAAUAGAAUGGAAAGUGCAAUUAAUGAACCAACUCCAAAUUUGUAUGCAAGUUCAACUGCUACUGAUCAAUUCGUCAGAGAGGAAAAUAAGGAAUUCCCUCAAUAUAAUGUAAAUAGAGAAGAAUUGAUUCGUUCACUUCCUUAA